AUGUCGAAGCUUAAUAAAGAUGUGAUAACCCUGAUAUUAAAAGAAUUAUAUGAUAAAGAUAAUACACUUUAUCCAUAUGCACAUAUCAUUAUAAUUAAUGUAAUACUUUCAUAUUUAUCAGAAGAAUCAAGAGAUAAUUUGAAGAGUCAAGGAAUCAAACUUCCAAAAACAUAUCAACAACCUUUAUUAAAUUAUAUUAGUUUUUGGAAAUAUUUAAAUUUAGAUGUAUUAGAUGUGAUAGAGACUUUUGUAACAGAUACAAAUAAUAUUAUUAUUAAACCCGAAAUUCAUAUUUUAAGAUUAGAAAUCAUGAAUAUAUUUAGUAGGAAUACAAAAUUUUAUUUUCUUCGUAGUUUUUCUCAUUCUUCCUUUUUUAUUUUUGGUACUGAACUUUGUUUCUCAGAACUUGAAUCCUUUUGUUGUAAUUCUACUACAAUCAACAACAUUUUAGCAAAAGAAUUGGCUAUAUUAAAUACAUCUAGUGUUUGGAAUCGAAUAUAUUCGAAUAUACUCGAACCACUUGAAGAGUCACUAAUUAAAUGCGCUGAUACUAUUCAAUAUUUGAGAAUAGAUUGGAAACCUGUCACAAAAUUAUUUUCAUAUCUUGUAAAUUUAUUAAGUUUAGAAAUAAACGCUUUUGGCCACAAAAAUUGGAAUCAUUUGGAAAAGAUUUCUUUACCUCUUUUAAAAUAUCUAAAAGCUCAAUUCUUCUCAUCUAAUAUUUUAGCAAGUUUAAUUGAAAAUACAAAAGGAAAUCUUAUUGAAAUAAGUAUUAUUUAUGAUCGAAGUGAUGAUGAAGGAAGGCUUAUCCAGGCAAUUUAUCAAAAUUGUCCAAACCUAAAUUAUCUUAAAUUAUCAUUGUUUAAUGAGAAUAUUUCAGAAUUUGAAAAUUUAUUAAUUAAUUGUCGAAUUUUAAAUGGAUUAGAAAUUUACAGUACACACGAGGAUCAAAUUAAUUGGAAAAUUUUAUUUGAAGUAUUGAUGAGGUCUGCACCAAUUAGUUUAUUUAAAUUUAAAUUUAUAUAUUUUUCUAUUGAUUCUUAUCUGAAAAUUGAUUUGGAAUCUUUAAGUUUAUUUCUCGACAAUUGGAAAGAUAGGCGUUCUAUGUUAUUACAAAUCUUUUCAUUGGGAGAUAUGUUAAACGUGGAGCAGAAACGGCAACAUCUGCUAAAAUUAAAAGAUUUUUUACAAAAAUAUAAAACAAAAGGAGUAAUCAAAAAUUAUGUCACUGAUGGGAUGGGAUUUGAAGAUUUUGAAUGGAUUCAAAGAAAAUUCCUUAAAGGAAGAUUAAAAUAAUUGAUGGAAAAUCGCAAUUUAAUCACGGAAAAUUAGAAAGUUAUAUGUUAGAACCAAAUUUUAUUUAGAAUAUUAGCUUUUUUUUAGUGAAUUUAUGUUACUUAUUGGGUAAAAUGUAAAUAAUAAAAUGUUUCAAUAUGCAGUGUAAUACUGUAAUUAUCAAAAAAUUCAUAAUAAAGUCAGUGAAUUGAUUCUAUGAUGCAGUUAUAAGUUUAAGCAAAUAAACGUUUUCAAACUUCAAAGCAUUAUGAUUGUGUGCGUCACGAUGGAGAGUCAUUUGAGAAUACAGGACCGAUAUAGCCCCACAUCCAAUAAAAACGUUUUUGAUCAUGCAUUAAUUAAU